GGUAUUGGGUGAGCCAAGUGGUGAUAUCACGACUUGCUAUUCACUCCAUGGUUAAAAUGCAGUUCUCAGCAGUUUUUACGAGGGCGGCUUUGGCAAAAGUUUUCCUUGCUAGCUAUGCCGUCUCAGCGCUCUCAAUUAGCCCGCAAAUGCCACUAUAUAACACAGACUCUGAAGAUGAAUCCUCCUCGCUCGUGGGCCUCUUGCUCCUCCACAAGUCCCUGGUUGAGAUCCCCUCCAUCAGUGGCGCAGAACAUAAUGUUGCCAAAUGGCUGGCAUCCUAUCUAGAAGGAGAAGGCUUCACAGUCGAAUCCCAAGUUGUGUCUACAGAUCCACCACGAGAGAACAUAUUCGCAUAUAUCGGCUCGGAACGCCAUACACGGACGCUGAUAACGUCGCACAUCGAUACAGUUCCUCCAUACUGGCCGUAUGAACGCCGUGGUGACGAGAUAUGGGGGCGUGGCACCGUCGACGCAAAAGGCGCUGUUGCCGCACAAAUCAAGGCCGUAGAAGCACUGCGUGACUCCAAGUCGAUCUCCGAAGGCGAUGUGGGUAUGAUGUUUGUGGUUGGUGAAGAGGUGAACGGCGCAGGAAUGCUGAAGGUCAACGAACUGGGUCUCUCUUGGGAGACUGUCAUUUUCGGCGAGCCAACAGAGCUCAAGCUUGCUAGCGGGCACAAAGGAAUCUUGAAAUUUCGCAUCGACGCCCACGGCAAAGGCGGUCACUCAGGAUAUCCUGAGGUCGGGCGGAAUGCAAACGACAUGUUAGUUCCUGCCCUGGCGGAACUGGCGAACAUUGAUUGGCCGCGGAGUGAGAGAUUCGGUAACACCACAUACAACAUAGGUCGUAUGGAAGGGGGGGUGGCGGACAACGUUAUUGCCGCUGACGCAUACGCGCUCGUGUCUGUACGUGUAGCAGACGGUGACCCUGAAGUAUUGGAGAGGGCCAUCAGUGACGCCUUGCUCGCUGUCGCGCCGGACCUGAAAAUCACGAUGGCCCCCGGAGGCUAUGGGCCAGUACCAAUUAACCAUGAUGUUGAAGGCUUUGAGUCGAUGGUCGUCAACUAUGGAACUGAUAUCUUGCACCUGGAUGGUGGUCACAAACGGUAUCUGUACGGUCCUGGAAGUAUCCUCCUGGCGCACUCAGAUCAUGAACACCUGAAGAUCUCUGACUUGGAAGAAGCAGUGGAAGGAUAUAAGAAGCUUUUGUUAGCUUCGCUAGACUAGAAUAAUUUUAGAUAGAAUUAUAUACCCAUUUAUGUAGCGCGGGACCCUUUAUCACCUCAUUACUAUAAAUGUCAC